AUGUUCGCGGAGUCUGAGAAUGAAGUUUCAUUGUCCGAACCAGUUCGCUUAGUCACCCUCUUUUCGACCACUGCUCACAGCGACCGACUACCAUACACUCUCUUCCAAACUAUGGCAUCCCAUUUGGCGAACAUCUUUGGUACCGAGCAGGAUCGCGUCAAUUGUUCAUUCUACUACAAAAUUGGAGCAUGCAGGCACGGUGACAGAUGCUCGAGAAAGCAUAUCCGACCCCCGUUCUCCCAAACGAUAUUAUUGCCCAAUGUCUACCACAACCCGGCCCACGAUCCUGUCUGCAAGCUCACUGAAAAGGACCUACAAGAGGGGUUCGAUGCGGUGUAUGAGGACCUCUACUGCGAGUUGGCUAAGUUCGGCCAUCUCCUCGAGUUACAUGUAUGCGACAACGUGGGUGACCACCUCAUAGGCAAUGUUUACGCUCGUUAUGAAUGGGAAACAGAAGCUCAGGCGGCGGUGGAUAACCUGAACGAUCGUUGGUAUGCAGGGCGCCCACUGUAUGCGGAGCUUUCACCAGUGACAGACUUCCGAGAAGCAUGCUGUCGUCAAAACGAAAAUGGAGAAUGUAAUCGGGGGGGCUUCUGUAACUUCAUGCAUCUGCGUCUUGCUUCUUCAGACUUGGUGUCUUCUCUCAAGGCUGGGCAGCGCUUAGAAAGAAGGCUUCAUCCUCAAAAGGCGGAUCAUGGGGCUGGGGGAUGGGAGCCAAGUAAGCGAGCUAGAUCCGCUAGUCCACGGAGAGGCGGCGGGAAUCCCGGAGAGGAUCGUUGGACGAGGAAAUAA